AUGGAAGUGGAUCAGUUCGCAAUGGAACUGUAUACCGGCGAAGGGUCGCGGCUACCUCUCAUCGAUGAGUCGACGGCUUUUGGAACACAAGCUCCGAAAGAUAGGUUGAUAGCUAUAUUAGACCAAGUGGAAAUGAGGGUGGAGCGACUGCGGCGUGAUGCUGUGCGCAUAGUAGAGGAGCGUGAUUCAUUACUUUCCACACUAGAUAGUAUCAAGCAUUCAGAGUUACUUGGUGAUGUUUCCGAAUGUGAUAAGGAUGAUAUUAUGCGGUAUGCAGAGCGCAUCCUUGCACGAGCGAUGACGGUUGAGGUGGCAGUGCGCACCGACAGGGACUCACAACAGGAAGAGGCCUUGCACCAGGUUAAUAUGUACAUAGACCAGCUAGUAAUGGCAGUUCACGACGACGCCGUAGUCGCGCACACGAGGUGUCAAACCUUCAUGAACGCAUGCUCCUCCCAGCCGGAGCCCGCCACAGGCACCGACAAGAACUUCGAGCUCGCCAUCUUAGGCUGCACACUCGACGACCAGAAGCGCGUCAAGAAACGCCUCCAAGGCUUAUUAGAUUAUUUCGCGAAGCUCAAUGUUACUACGUGUUCUUGA